UGUAGGAGGACAGUUCCAGUUUCCUCCUAAUACUGUGCUAGUGAGUGCUGUGUAUGCAGUAUCACUCUCAAAGCCUCUACUGAAGCCACUACAACUAGAGAUACAGCACUGCAUUGAUUUAACAGGAUGGCCAGAUCUUGGAGGAUACUUAAAGUUUGCAAUAGCUCCCGUGAGCACAGCCAGUCUUCCUUACCAGUUCACAUUAGUAGAGGGAGGUGAGUUUAGCUCUAAUGGUGGGUAUGGAUCCAUUCAACGUGAGAAGUUCUGUCUUAUAUCUAUUUGUGGCUGUGAUGGAGGAGGAGGAGGUAGUACCAGUUCUUCAUCAGUCGUUUCAUCUAAUUUAGCUGAUCCUUUAUCAGAGCCUGGGCCCAGUAUGAGGACAAGGAAUUCAUCAUCUUCUGGGGGUAAUAAUGUGUUACUUCAACAGCACCAAUUAGAAGAAUCAGCUAGUACUGGAAACAGAUCUAAAAAUUUCUUAAAGGCUGAAACAUAUGCUGGACUGGUUUACUAUGAGGAGAUUGGUGUAGAGGAUCAGGUGACCUUUACUGCUGCUAAAAAUUUGAACGCACUUCUUGAGUUUAUCAAGAAAGAACAUUCACUAGCUAGAAGAGGACCUCAUAAAUACUUUCGCAUUGCGUCUCCUGAUGGUUAUAUUGAAUUAAAGUUUGAUGCUGAACAAGAUGAACCAUUUACUGGAUGGACUAUUAAGCCUCACAUGAAACCUGUCAAAUUUCAUCAAGAUGAAAUUGACAAUUUUGGUGACAAAAAUUAUUCUCUUCCUCCAUCUUGUCCGAUAUCAAUCUAUUCAUCACCUGAUGCUGUUCCUACACUACACUACUCUGUCCCAGUAGAGGGUGUGGCUGAUCCUGUUACACUAUAUAUUCACAGAUCACGAAGAACCACUCAGCCUACUGCAGCUGCUCCUAGCAGUAGUGGCAGUGAUGAAAUUAAGUCAGUACCAACUAAAAGAAGAAGAGAAGGAGAUCUUGAUAUUAAAGCAGCUAAACAAAAGAUCAAACAAGUUAUGAUUGAGAAUCACACUGAUUUUGCUGGACUCCUGCAGUUUUCUCUAGUCCAUGUUGCUAGCAAACUGUUUGAGAUUCAUAUAAUUCCCCAGGAAGUUCAGAAGUCACCAACUUAUGAUGCCAUAUCCACCUGUUUUCUAUCUAUACUGAAUUUAUUGGACUCUAAGUCUGACCUAGAGAAACAUUGUGUGAAGUAUCUUGAGGCUCUGUCUAGUGUUGGGGGACCAAUAGAAUUUGCUGCUAAUCUCUUGAGGGAAAAAUGGACAACAGCUUUGGAAGGUGCACUUGAAUUUGAACAGUCUGUGAAAAGAGUUAGAGCUAACGAUAAAUGAUGUUGCACUUAAUAAUUUUAGUUUUUUAGCUCAUGUUAUUUUCUAUUUUAAAUUAUUUUAAAAAUGCUAUAUUUAUGUAAUGUUCCACUAGUUAUUGUUUUUCCUUUGCUCCAACCAACUCUUUCAUUCUUUGGAUUAUAUUGCAUAGUAAAAAGUCAGCCUCUGAUAAGCUGAUACUAGUA